UUUUGGGUGGGUGGGGGUGGGGGGUGAAUAUGGAUGUGAGGAAAAUAAUUGUAAUUGUGGAAGAUGUAGAAGUAUCAAGAACAGCUUUGCAAUGGGCUCUUCAUAACUUUUUACGUUAUGGUGAUUUAGUGACACUUCUUCACGUUUUUCCAAAUUUAAGAUCCGAGAGCAACAAGAAACUUAGGCAUCUUCGGCUCAAAGGUUUUCAACUGGCUCUGUCUUUUCAAGACCUUUGCAACAAUUAUCCCAACACCAAGACAGAGAUUGUGGUAACUGAAGGGGAUCAAGAUGGUGGAAAGAUUGCUGACAUGGUUAGAGAGAUUGGAGCUUCAGCUCUUGUUGUUGGACUUCAUGAUCAUAGCUUUCUUUACAAAAUGGCCAUGGCCCACAACAGUAUAGCAAACAAUUUGAGUUGCAAAGUACUAGCCAUCAAGCAACCAACGCCAUUGACCACGACAAGGAAAUUAAGAACUAUUUUUUUGCCUAACAGUUCAACCAACAUGGACUUCUCACAGAUUGAAAUAGCUGCACUGAGCGUCCCAGAAAUUCAUCCACCAAGAAUUCCAUACCAAGUUUGUCCAGACCCUCAUGCUAUUAUUUGGAGAAAAGGGAGAUCCAGAAGAUGGGGGAGAUCCAGAAGAUGGACAAGAAGAAAUUAAAUCAACUAGCUAUACUUUCCAUUUCAAUGAGAGAAUUAUGUAUAUCUGUUAUUAUUAAUUAUUUGAUGACAAAUGUGGUUUUUGAAUU